AUGGUACUUGUUGUUGGACGCGUACCCAACGAAAACUGGGUCGCCAACUUUUACCAAAACGUUGUCCACACAGUACAUGUGGAUAUGUUCCACUCCACGCUUGGCGAAAUCGUCCAGCAGCUUGUUAUCGUAGAUGGCUUUGUAAAGACCACCGUUUCCGUCGGGACUCUCGACCAACGAGCUCGCCGACUCCAACAGCAGCUUCUUGCCGUCCGUGCUCACCGCUGGAAGCGUUCCCUGGUUGAAAAAUACCACCUGCUCCGGCUUGAGGCCAAAAUAUUGGUGAUCUUUAAAAUACUCCUCGAAGACAGCCAUCUCUCCAUCGUCUCUGGCUUGCAGUCAAUCACAGAGGCCCGCGCCUCUUCUGGCAAAGGCGCAAACGUUUUUGAACCAGAGAUCGAUGAGCUGUAUUUAAUAGCGUCCUGCACUUCCUCGAUGAAUUUGGACGGAUCCUGGAUUUUGGCCAGCUGUGCCAGAAGCUGUUGUUGGCCCUCGCCAUCCAGUUUCUCAAAUGCUUUGAACAAAUGGCCCUGGCCGGCUGCCUCGUACACUUUCCGCGCCAUGAGCGUUGCAAUGGCCCUCGUAGCAGUAGGCCUCGCCGGCAAAACGCAGGUUUCCAACACCUUCGAUCAGUCCGUCGUUGACCAGAACAUCUCCAACUGCAUUACCAGAAACAGAUCCUCUGCUGAACGGAUCGGUACCCCAGUUUGUCGAGAAAACAAGCUUAGGUUUUGGCAGCUCGCUCACGUCUUUGUUAGAAAGUUUGGCGAUCAGCGGCUCGAUCAGUUUUGGUCCGUAUUUCUCAACGUCCUCCUCGAGCAAGUGCGAAGCAGGUGCAGGCACCAAGAACAUCAAUGCGGGAGCGCCCUUCACGAUGUUCAGGUUGGAGACGACAACAGGGAAAUCAAACGCCUUCAGCUGGUCGGCCUCUUGGGCAUCCAGCUUCUUAUCGUACUCCUGCGUCUCAAAACUGGUUUUGGUAGCCACAGAGCUGUCUGGGCCAGGAAGGAUCACAAAUUUCUCGGUUUCUGGCCAGAACGCGGAGUCGUACUCGUAGAUCACCUUUCCAAGCGCACAGAAAUGGGUCUUGGCAAAAUUAUCGGUGAUGGAAGCAGGCAAAGGAGGAUCAAAUUUGAUGGCACCUUUGGCAUCAGGGUCCUCAACGGUCAGUUUCAACACGGAUUGGGGCACUGUAAUAAUCACAAACGAAGAGGUGAACGACUUGCCGUCUUCGGUAGUGACGGUGUAUGUAUCGCCCUUCUUCUGGAUCUCCUUCACAACAGUGCUGGUUAA